AUGUGGGCCUUGGAUACAAAGACGGGCACACCCCCUGGGAACUGGGAAUCAGGCCAAGAAGGAUUUGGGGGAGACAUUCGGAGAGAUAUUUACCACCUCGCUUGGGUCGGGGCCCCCACUGUCCAGCCCCCAGCCCCACCCACUGGCCUGGCUGCGAGCGGCGACCCGAGCAGGCCCGGCCCUCCCGCGCCGGCCUCCCGGCACCGUCCAAUGGCCGAUGGGCAGGGCAAGGCCGGCAAGCCGCGGCGGCCCGGCCGGGUCCCCGCCCUGUUCCCGAGCCGGGCCCGGUGGCCUUUAAACGCCGCCCAGGGUCGGCGCAGCACGGCCUUCGCCACCUUCCUUGCGCCGGCAGCAGCCCGGGCCGGGGCGGAGAGGAGGCUGCAGGCCGGGCCGGCGCCCCGCGUGGGGAGGCGGCUGCAGUACCUGUUAGCAGGCGCGGUGGGGUGCAGCCCGUCCGCGGCCAGGUGUGCGCGCUGCACGUGUGUGAGUGUGCGCGCGUGUGAGGGUGCCCUGGGCGCGCGCCACGCGUCCGCCCGCGACGUCCCGGGGAUUCCCCCUUGGAAAUGGGUCUGCGCCGCAGGCUCCCCGGAGAAGUUGAGUGUGGCGGCCACUCCUGCGGGGUCCCGGACAACAGGCCCGGGCCACAGAGGUUCCAGGCGCAAACUAGACGAUGGGCAUUUAAACAACUCCCUGGGCUCUCCAGUUCAAGCGGAGGUGUACUUCCCACGGUUGAUAGUUCCAUUUUGCGGGCACAUUAAAGGUGGCAUGAGACCAGGCAAGAAGGUGUUGGUGAUGGGCAUCGUAGACCUCAACCCGGAGAGCUUUGCAAUCAGCUUGACCUGUGGUGACUCGGAGGAUCCCCCCGCUGAUGUGGCGAUUGAACUCAAAGCCGUGUUCACAGACCGCCAGCUCCUCAGAAACUCCUGUAUAUCUGGCGAGAGGGGCGAGGAGCAAUCAGCGAUCCCCUACUUUCCAUUCAUCCCGGACCAGCCAUUCAGGGUGGAAAUUCUCUGUGAGCACCCGAGGUUCAGAGUGUUUGUGGACGGACACCAACUCUUUGAUUUUUACCACCGCAUUCAAACGUUAUCAUUAACCCGGUAA